UCAACGGGAUCCAAAUCCAAACACACAACCCGACCACAAAAGCCGAGAUUCCACCUCGCGCGACGUGCAGAAACCAUGCAGCCUGUCGCCCCUUGCCCCCGACAAAUGCCCGGCACCGUUGGCGUGUCGACACUAUUUAUGGGCGCUGCUAGUGUCUCGCCCAGGCGUGAUCAGCGUCGAUCCGCCCGCGCCCUUCGUUGACGUCGUUGCGCUGCUAUGUCUUGUGGUGCCCAGCACAGACGCUAGCCCACUAAAGCCCCCCGCACCUCGGCGAAAAAUCCUGCAGCGUUGCAUUGAAGCGAGCGAAUGAUGAGCUCAAGCUCACGAAAUUGCCUUGUCCGGCUCCAGUUCCAGUUCUAGUUUCCCUACAGCGCAUCCCUUGAGCUAUCUUGGUACUAAUUGGCCUCGCGCAUGAUAGCCUCGACUGCCGACGCGACCCCCUCCCGUUCUCCGGCCGGCACCUGUUGCUGAGCCUUGCACUCCCUCCCCUGAGAUGGUGCACCCCAACCUGAUCGGCGCCGCCGCCGCGUCGGCGCCCGCUGCCUCCUCCGCGUCUCGACCCUCGGUUCGCCUGGCCUCGGGCUCCUUCCACGCCGGCUCUCCCUUUCCUUCGAUUACCUCCUACGACGAUGGCGGCUUUUGGGGGUCGCGCCGCCGCUCCUCGCUGGCCGCCAGCCUGCGCCGCAGCUCGGGCUACCAGACCUUCCCAACCGCCCCGCCCAAGACUCCCGGAGACCCCAACCGCUCCUUCGACGAUGCCGCAGGCUCCGACGCCGCCGACGACACCCUUUCCGACGGCGACGAGGCCGACGCCGCCGCCCACGUCCACGGCCCGACACCACUGCCCCUCCGACAGCUCACCCUGCUGGCCCUGCUCAGCCUCGCAGAGCAGACUGCGCUCAACUCCAUAUCGCCAUACCUGCCCACCAUGGUCCGCGCCAUGGAAGAUAUACCCGAGGACCAGACGGGGCUGUACGUCGGCCUUCUGGCAUCAGCUUUUGCCCUGGCGCAGCUGGCAACCAAUCUGAUAUGGGGCGCCAUGUCCGAUCGGGUUGGUCGCAAGCCCGUGAUGCUGCUGGGGUCCGCCCUGCUCGCCGCAUGCUUCGUCGCGUUUGGCUUUUGCACCCGCUACUGGCACAUGGUUGUUGUUCAUGUCGCCAUGGGCCUGCUCAACGGCAACGCCGCCGUCGUGCCCACAUGUCUCGGCGAGCUGACGGACCGCUCCAACCAGAGCCGCGCCUUCACAUGGCUCCCCGUGAUGUAUAGCAUUGGUGGCAUCACGGGGCCUGCCCUGGGUGGCCUUCUCGUCCCUGACGGCGCCGACUUGCUGGAAUAUGUAUACCCCUUCUUGCUCCCCAACGCGGCGUCUGCUGCCCUGCUGGUUGCUGCCGUCAUCGUGCUGGCUAUCUGGUUCGACGAGACUAUGGACGAGGCCGACCGCAAGGGUGACCUGCCCGGCUUUGCUUGGACCCGAUCCGUGGCUGCCCGGCUGUGGGGCAAGCCCGAAAACCCGCGCGAGCGUAUGGCUUCCUGGAGCACGAGGUGGCCGACGAGCUCGAGUCGACGUCAGGCCGGCACUAACGACUACGAUGAUGACCUUGACGAGAUCGAUCCGCUGACCCCGCUCGACGCGCCUGGGGGAAGCAGUGAAGGGAGUCCUCUGUUUGGCUCCCGGCGCGGGCACGAGCGAGUGGGGACUAACGCAUCUGCCAUCGACGCCGACGAUAAGCACUCGGCUUUUGGCCAGCGCUCAGUCUUCCGACAGCUGCUGAACCACCGCACCAUGAUCGUGCUGACGACCUACCUGGUCUUUCAGCUCGCGAAUAUUUCUUUCAACAGUUUAUACCCCAUUUUCGCCUCGGCGCCUAAGCCCACCGGUCGGGAGCUCUCGCCGGAAACCAUUGGGUUGCUUCUUUCGUUUGCCGGUUUCGCCACGAUACUAUUUCAGAUUUCCUUGUUCCAACCACUCAAGGCCCGAAUGGGCAACCUUCGAACCUACCAGUUUGCUCUUCUUGGCCUGGCCAUUAGCAAUGCUUUGAUGCCCUGGAUAGGAAGCGACGGGGACGAGCCUCUUUUUGGCCUUGGGACCGGCAAAGCCUGGCUAUACACGGAGCUAUGCAUUGUCCUCGUCCUAAAGAGCAUUUGCGCCGUUGGAGGGCUGUCCAGUGUUAUGCUUUUGAUCAACAACUCGGCCCCCUCGCACGAGACAUUGGGCACACUGAACGGCAUCGCCCAGACGCUUUCAGCCGCCGGGCGGAGCAUCGGCCCCUUUCUGUCUGGGGGUCUCUUCACACUGGCCAGCCAGGUCCGCCCACUUGGUGAGCUGUUGGCCUGGGGUCUGUUUGGGGGUGUCGCAUUGCUCGGCUGGUUUGGCAGUCUCGCCAUCCGAGGGGACGGCUUGGAAAGUGCGGACUGGGUGGGGGAGGACGAGGACGGGGGACACGAGUCCGGUGAUGAAGAAGCUGGACAUGCACCGUAAUGUAUAAUGGCGGCAGUUAAUGUAAGCGAUCAGCCGCGUGACGCCACCACGCCAAUUUGAGCUGGCCAUUCCGUGGCGACCAGAUGCUGUUGUCGAUAUUGCUUUAUGUCCAGGGUUCGAAGUGACCACGAGCAAAUUCAUUGUGCGCCCGGUGAUGGAGUCCAGCAACGCAGGAGAGAUUCAGCGGUCCGCUUGGAUAGCCACAACCUCAGCGAGAAGGCCUGCAGCAUAACCGUCUUUAAAUCAUUUCUAUUGGACAUUGCACCCUAGUUUCAACCUUGACCGACGGAGGCAGCUAUAUAC